AUGUACAGAGGUAGUUUCUGCUCUAGCGAACCUUCUGUUGCACAUCCCACCAAUCAGGACGAGAGAGAAGUACCUGGCAUUCCUUCUACAUCGGAUGCGGACAAUGGGGAAGUUUUGGCAACUACACCAACGCUUUCACCAGCAAUUCAAGCAAACUGGACGAGUCAAUUAAAGAACGAUCUCGGAAUUGGUAUCUCAAGCCCCCCACGCCAACAACAGUUCACUUCAGUGCAGUCCCUUACUUCCGCUCCAGCUGGUGUUGAAUUCGUCACAGCAACAGUACCGCCUGGGCUUUCGGAUUAUCACUUUGGAUUCGUAGAUGGACCGCAAAGCACGGAUAUUCCCACUUCCGCUCCUUCAGUUGCUAACGCUUCGAAUGACGUUCUUUUUUCAUCCUCUCGCUCUGCAACAAAUGCCACAGGAGGUGCUGUACCAUCAAAGGUCUCAGAGGUUGGGCUCGUCAUUGUUUUUUUCUUUAAACGUUUUUCGUAAUU